AUGAAGGUAAUAGCAGCAACAAAACUUCGAGGUAAUGGAGCCUUCCUCCUCAUGAGUUCGGCAGCAGAGGCAGAAGCGAUGAAAACAGGAGAACGUAUGGCACGCUUCUGCGACGCUUGGGGAUCAAAGGCCUUCCUGAGACCCAACUACCACGAGCUGGUAGUCGAGUCGCUGCCGGUAGAGACACUUAUCGAGAGCAUGUACGAACGCUCACGUAUAGAAGAUACUAAUGACUUGCCUAGCGGAUCCAUAGCACAGAUACGAUGGAUAAAACCCAUAGAGAAGAGGCGCGCCGACCAGAAAUACGCGCAC